AUGUCUCAGGCCACAGAUGAAUAUGUUGAAAUGUGCGAAAGAGCAGCCAGGAACAUGGAGAGAGCUGUUAUCGACGAAGGGCCAUACCGACUUGCACCAGAGUUUCAACACUUAAAGAAGACUACAGAGGAAUGGAUUAAAAUGUCCGAAAAGGAGAAGAAGGAUCACCUUAAAAAGAUCCGUCCCUUGAGCCAAACAGCACUCGACGAGGAGACUGAAUUGCCUAUGGAUGACGAAAAAGCCGUCUUAGGCAAUUUUAAUGAGAGUGGCCUUCCAGAAAUGUUCAAAGCAUCAUGGCGAAAUGCUGAGGUGAUCUUGAAAGAGGACGGUGUCGGACAAGCUCCUGGUAGUAAGACGAAUAAAGAUGUCAUGUCCACGACAAGUGAUAGUCUUCAUCUUGUUAGGGUCACUGAUAGGAAAUUGCCAGUCUGUGAUUGCGAAGGGUUCAAGCACAAGGGUCUCUGCUCACAUGUACUUGCAGUAUCCUUCCAGAUGGGCUCCUUACAACGCGUACUUUCUGAUUGGACACCAAACAUCACUCGCCAACUACAGGAGAGUAUGCUAAGUGGAGCAGGCCUUAAAGAAAACGAAAAAUUCAGGAAAAGAACCAGAAAAACGCACAGAGAGGAACGAUCCACCGCGGGAUUUUCUGAGAGAGUUCCAUCAGUGACGCCAACCAUUCCACCUGACGAGUAUCAAGUUGUCUUUGUAAAGGACACUAAGGCGUUGACUUGCUAUGGCUGUGGAUCAAAGGUAAUUGCAAUUACGACUUAGAAGUAUAUGGAGACGAUUUUAACAGAUACUUAAAAAUUAAAACGACUUUUAUUUAAACAGUUAACGUUUUAAUCACAGGCUCAGUAUGCCGGUAUGGGAGUAGAAGAAUUAAUAAUCUCUAAUAUACAUUGUCUUGCAGUUAAGAAACAAGCCUAGUGAUGCACCACCUCCUGCACCAUACGAUUUGAUGCUCAAGCAUCGCGAAAGAAGGGUCUAUCAGAAGAAGGGAACGAUUCAGCUUAAGGUUGGUACCCUGUCACAUCAACGAUAAAAUGAUGUGCCACUUAGUAAAUACCAGUGAGUCAGGCUUUUUAAUAAUGUUGCAAUGAAAGAGUUACUCUUACAGUACAUUUAAAGCGAAUAGACAAUUACACAAGAUUUAUGGUUUAUGAAAAUCUCACUUCAGGUCAGUCGGGAUCCAGGAAGUGUGUAUUACCAUGUCAGAAAAACGUUUGGGCUGGCGAAGUGUGACAAGAUCCUACCAAGGAAUAUAACAAUCACCGAGCCUAUCAGUGAACAGAUGAGCGAAGUUCAUAAGCGCCAUCUAUCUCGAGAAUUUGGUGUUUUGGUAUAG